AAGUAGCACUGUUAGCAGGCAGUGUACUGUUUUGGUUAAGAACGCAGUUUAAACGUCAAUUAUAAUUCGUGUUUAAAGCUUUUAUUCUGGUUCUAAGUAUUACUAAAACUAACACCGGCUGUGUAAACGUACUCUCGGAUUUACUUGAGUUCACCCUGACAUUUAUUCACUUUAUUUCGGCGGUUAAAUCUUAAUCCUUGUCCUCACUGCUCGUCUAAAGUGCACACCGAGGCACCGAGACGGAGUUCUGCAAGGGAGUAGAUAAGACAAGACGCGGUUUAUAAACCUGUAGCUUGAGUGUUUCAGAGGGGGAUUAGUUUACCUAAGUUCUCAGAGGGAUAAUAUAAUUGUUCUGCAGUGAAACAGCGGUGUGUGAUAUUCCCCCAGGGACCCAUUCAUGAGCAUUGUCUCUCACACUCAGGUCUGCGGCAGAGGGAUGAUUAUAAAACCGGGGAUUUGCAUUCCCAUGAAAUGAACUGCAGGCAAAAGUAUUGAAGAGCUGCUGUUGAAUAGUGCAGUACACAAACCACAGUUUUGCAGAAAGGGUGUGAAACACGUCCUGAUUGUGUUGAAAUAAAUGCAUGUUUUAAAGCAUCCAGACUGAAAGGGCUGUAGUGAGGAGCCACUAAUCUGCUCUGCAGUAUAUUCAGCCUUGAAGGCAGUGGUGUGGGAAUCAGUUGGAACGGGCAGCUUGUCAGUCAUCCAGCAGGAAGCCAGGCGUGUAGCUUCAUGUCAGAUUUAGGAUAUUUGGAACGUGUCGCCCUAUUUGCAGAGGAAGUGCUUAUGCAGCCGACCCCACAGGGAUAUUAGACCUGUUUAGCCAGUUCUCACAGUUUAAAAGUAAGGGAGUGUUACAGAGGGACGCACUUCUGAGAUUACCUGUACAGUAGAAGAGAAAAACAACUGUGUUCUGUCUGUUUUUUUUUAAUUAUUUAUUCUUCCUCCUGUAUCUCAUUCCUUUUUUUAAAAAAUGGAGGGACAUGAUGCUUAUCAUUCUUGCCCCAUGAUGGUGAAUAGCCGUGUGGAGUCAUCAGCUGUGGCUGUAACAGGUGGAGGAGGAGGAGGUGGGGGUGGAGCAGGCCGAUCGUGUGCAGGCUGCGGUGGCCGCAUCUCUGACCGCUUCCUGCUCUUCUCCAUGGAACGCUAUUGGCACACGCGCUGCCUGAAGUGCUCGUGCUGCCAGGCACAGCUGGGUGAGAUCGGCACCACCUGCUAUAGCAAAGGGGGCAUGAUCCUCUGCAGGAACGACUACAUCAGGUUGUUUGGACACAGUGGGGCUUGCAGUGCAUGCGGUCAGUCAAUUCCAGCCAGUGAGAUGGUGAUGAGGGCACAGGGCAACGUCUACCACCUGAAGUGUUUCACGUGUGCUACCUGUCGGAACCGCCUGGUGCCUGGGGACAGAUUCCACUAUAUCAAUGGUACCAUCUUUUGUGAGCAUGACCGGCCUGGAGGAGGCAUGCUCAGCAGUCACCUGGCCCCACUACAGAGCAGCACGCUCCUGCCUGACCAGAAGGUAUGCUAAAGGGACAAGGACUUAACACAGCAGAGCACAGCCUGCCGUGUGUUUUGUCCUUCUUUUUCUCUUCAUCCUUUCUCCCUCUUCUUCAUCUUUACCUUGCUUCAGAGGUGCUGAUGUCCCUCCAUUCUGCGGAUGAACACACCUUAAUGGACUCUUAAAAAGUUUUGUUUUCAAACAAAAUUCUCUGAGGCUGGAAGCGCUUCCUCCUUCAUGUUCAGGGUAAGAUGAGUGAGCAGAGAAGAUUAAAGUUACUGUUAAUGUUGGCUUUGGGUUGGCAUUAACUGAACCCUGCUGAUAAACCCUAAACACAGAGGAUGAGGAAAGGAGGCCCACAUUUCCAAUUCUGUUUUUAAGCUUUGAUAUUAAGACACUUUUCGAGGAUACCGUGGAUGUUACGUGACACACUCCUGACCGUGAAGUGCGGUGGACGCUGUUACUGCUAAUGGAUAAUACUGAUUGUUUUUCCUUCCAACAGAGAGAGACCUGAAAUUUUGCGGUUUAUACUCUGUAAAAACACAGUUUGCGUAACAUGAUUGUGUGAGUUUUGUACUGCUGGUGUUUGCCUGUUUCACGUCAUUGGCAGGAGUUCAUGUUUCUGUGGGCCUGAUGUCCUGGUUAGGAAACAAAGAGAAUAGAAUACAAAUGUAUAUAUUCUUGUCCUUUACUGUUGUAUUGUGUGCUCAGCAGCUGAAUUUUGUGUUUCUGAGCGAAAGUGCAUUUAAAAUGAUAUAUCUGUAUAGUUAAAAAGUACUUAUUAAAUAACUAUAACCAA